AACCGCCUUCGGUUAGGUAUGCAUGGUGUUGCUGCUGUACAACACGCAGUUAUGCAGUCGUGUUGGUAUCGGGAUGAAUUCAAAGCUAUAAAUCAUAUUUUAACCCACCAAUGAAGUAAAUAAGUAAUCAGGAGGGAGUGGUUAAACGAAGAUUUGAAUUGGUGUCUCGGAGAUGACAUCAGGACUUGGGAAUCAGCCGAAAGGAGAAGAGCGAAUCCAACAGGUUUCAGGAGGAAAUUGACGAAGAUUGGACCGUGGGAUUUCUCUUGAACAAACGGUACGUAAUUUGGAGUGUCGAUUCGGCUCUCUGCCUCCCGGUGUGUGGUGUAUACGCAGUGACAAUGGACAUGGCUUCCUGGUGGAAAACAGCGGUGGGAUUGAUCGUGGUAUUAGUACCGUUAGUGUCAUCUCAGGUGUUCCUCACUGAACCCCGAGAUGCCGAGGUACUGAUGAACGCUCCCAUGACUAUGCCGUGCAGUAUUUCCUCCACCACCCAAGCAACGGUGUACUGGGAAGUGCCAGGGAGUGUCAACAGGUUGUAUGUGGAACCAAACCAGCAGCUCCCCGCUGGCACCCCCGCUAGAUUCUCGAUAGGAGGACAAGAUGGGACUGGCAAUUACAACCUCAACAUCAGUCGCGUUCAGAUCGAGGAUGAGGGUAUGUACACCUGCAAUGUCAUUGUGGAUGACGGAAGAGGGGAUAUACAGCCGGAGACUUUGACAUCCCAGUCUGCGAUUCUUACUGUCAUCAGAGUACCGCCGAUUGGUGAUCCGGUCUGCUGGAUUCGGGAGGGAAGGUUGGUUGAGGUCGGGGACGAUCUCUCCCUGAUGUGUGCCUCUAGCGACCCUACGGUGGAGCUGAAGUGGUAUCUUGGAGACGUCCCUCUCAGCAGCUCCAACUUUGAGACCUAUUCCCCAGGACCGGGGAUUCGAUAUUCCAUUCUUGCCGAGAGUUCGGUCAAUCAGCGAACAUUCACGUGUCAGCCGAACAAGGGACAGUACGAAGCUUGCCAGGUGACUGUCGUGGUUCGGCAUUCGCCGAUCGUAACCAUCGAAGCCGAUGCGAUGAUGGAGACUGGAAUCGAUGCAACCUUCACAUGCACGGCGAUCGGAAAUCCACCCGACUUCGCCUACACCUGGCACUACAACGAGUACCAGAUCUCGUUUGCGCAGCACCCGAGGUUCAACCGAGCGAGACUCGAGAAGAGCGGGUCGGUCCUCAUCCUUCCCGAUCUAACGGACAGCGACAACAACGCGACUUUACGAUGCGAGGCUGUGAACGAUGUAGGAGAAGCUACCGCCUCUCAUGUCAUCAGAGCCCUGCCCGGGAAGACCCUGGCUCAGAUCAUCGGCCCAAUCCUCCUCGGUAUCAUCCUCGGACUUGUAUUGAUUGUCUUGCUCCUGUACGCCAUCUGGUGGCGCCGCCAGAGGAGAAAGGUCAAACAGAUCAACAAGAAGAAGAGCGUCAAGAGGUCCUUCUCCUUACGCAAUCGCGCGCAGGAGGACGUCCCGACCGUGGACUCGGGGAUAGUCUACACCCAGACCCGUGGCGGAUUCGGUAGCCGCUACGGGAAGACAGCCACCAGUAAUGGCGACCUGGCUCGGUCUGGGCUGGACUUGGAAUCGGCAGGGUACGGUCCGGAUGUCACCAGCAUCCCAGCUUACCGAGCGACCGCUGAGGAAGAGAGGGAAGACGACGGAGCGCUCAGACCCAUCCCAAGAAAGACCUCCAUGUCAUCCUUGGCUAGUGGAGCCAGGGGCCAGUCAACGACCGCAGAUGAUGCUUCCCUGAUCAGCCCCAAUGAGGAGAAAUCUUUCACCUACUACGUCAACCCCCAUUUCGAUGAGUAUCGCAACUCGAUGGUGAAGAUAGAAACCGAAGAGAAUAAUCUUGAUCCUGAGAUGGAGGAGGAGAAACACGCCCCUCCUCCGUACAACAUCGGAGAAGACUCACCGGAGCUAAAACCAAGUAAUGAUGUUAAGGAUGAGAAUAUCAUCAGCACAGAACUGUAGAACAAUUCACCUCAUGAAAUGACGUGAAAAGUAAAGAUCACAUGACCGUUUGGGGGAAAAGGCUAUUUUUUUCGGCCGCCAUUUUGAUCCGACGGCUAGACUAGCGAUGGCAGGCAGUUUUUAGCCAAUCGUUAAAUAUCAAAGGACAUUCUUGUUUGAUGAAAUUGUAUCCGAUGUCUACUUGAUAAAUGUCUAAAAGAAAAUGACUGUUAUCAUUUUUGUUUUCCGAAUGAUAAUUUGUAACGAAUGAAAUACUGUCUCGCCAAUUGGUUGUUGAUAUAGUCUAAGAGUGUCAUGAGCAUAAUGUUUUCUGACAAGAAUUGAGGUGUUUCUGUCCCGAAUUCAUGUUUUACUUCAAUUUUUUUUAUGACUAUAAUCUUCGUUGUGGAGAUGCAUUUUGAAGAAUAAAAAAUGGCGUCGUGAUACUGCAUUCUUUCAAAUACCGUCACAACAAAAAAGAUAUACGCAAACCGUGUACAUGAAAUAAUGGUUAAGAUACUUUUUUAAGAAAAAACUUUAUUGCGGUUUUUAAAUCCAGUACGACCAUAGAAAUUAUUGUACAGUCGAACCGUGAUACGGAGAGCACUGUUACUACAACAUCCUGCUUAUAAUAAGAAAAAUGUUAGGCCAAAGUCUUUGUUAUUCUUUCGUUUCCUUUGUUUUCCAUUAAUACAAGAUACAUCUGUUAUAACGAGGUAAUUUGUUAAGUCCCAAGGACCUUGUUAUAAUGGUGUUCGACUGUAUUUUGAAUUCCUGCGAUCGGUUUCUACAUGAACAUACAAUGUAACAUGUUUUGUGUAUUUGGCAUUCACCACAAGUUUUAAGUUUUCCUGAGAUCGUUAACAAUAAUUGUAUUAUUAUUCCAGGCCAAAAUAACAUUUAACAGCCUUGAGACCAUUUUUUCCACAUCGAUCUUCGCAUUUGUAUUGAAAAACUUCUUCAAAAUUCAAAUUAUGUCAAUAUCUACCAUUUUUAUGACUUCUACAUACAUGUAAUUACAUUUCAAAUUAACUUUUAUAUGCCACGGAUUAUUUUGUACUAUUGAAAUAUUUUUUAUAGCACCGUGUGCCGCGUUUUUGUUUUGGUUUGUGUUUUGUUUUUAUUAUUGAACAUCUUGUACAUAAUAUAUACAUGGAAAGUUAGGCCUAAACAAAAUGUACCAUCGCUAUUGAGCUUUGUUAAUCUCUUUCUGUGAAACAUAUUUCAAUGCAUUCAAUAAAAUUGCCUUUUUAUAGCUGUGGAAUUUUCAAGUUCACAAUCUUAAACAAAGUCUAAUCAUGCCAAAAAAGGAUUGAAAGUAGUUUUAAUUGUAAAUGGAAGUAGACUUUACACUUGUUUAAGCAUUAUAAGAUGGUCGAGUAGUCUUUAAAAUUGGCAAGUUUUAUUUUUACUAAAGCUUCCGUUAAACGCUUUACCUUCCGUGUUAUGCUCAAGCGCGAAAUAAUAAGGUAGUUUUUUUUUUCAUUUAAUAAAGAUAGCCACUUCAAAUUGCUUUUAAAAAUGAUAUGGUGUCGGUCGGCCGAUAAAAUCUCGAUAUAAUCAGCUCAGAUAUGAUAUAUGCAGCGUUUAAUUCGAGAAUAAAACAUGUUUAUUUUGCAGUAUGCAUGGUUGUGUAUUAAGUAUUAAAAUAGACUUACAGAAGAAUUCGGUAUUGGUUUUGUAAAUUUAAAAGUACAUGUAGCUGGAUCAUGUGUGUACAUGUAUAUACGAUUGCUGAAAAUUAAUUUGGACUCAUUUUGAAUGAUAAUGAAAUGCAAACAUUUUGUAUUAAUAACUUUAAUAGUGGAUCGAUAAUGGCGGGUUUGUCAUGUUAAGAUUUUUUUCCCUAAAACCUGUAGAAUACAAUUAAGCUAUUGAUCAUGUUUUUUUUCUUGUCGUGAGCGCAACUGGUUUGCGCACAUGCUUUAAUCAGUUAUGCAGCAAUCAAAUGAUAUUUAGAAGAGACCAAUUUAUCAAAUAAUUGUUAUUUCCCAAAUGGUGAUGCAAAAAUAAACCAAAAAGAAAAGCACUGCAGACAUGACCAAUGUUGCAGGAAUUUCAA